AUGAACUCAAAAAUUGAUAAUGUUGAACUAAUAGAGGAAUAUAUCAAACAAGGAAAGAUGUAUGCAGAGUUGGAUGAAUUAUUUAAAAGAGUACUUAAAACUGAUUUUUAUGCAGGACUUACUCUGGAUAUGAACCAAUCACCAAUAACUGCAGCAAUUAAAGUUUUAAAUCCUUCUCAGGUAAUGGGAGAAUCUAAAUUUAGACUUAAACAGCUGCAGAAUAUGAUUGCCCAGAGAAUUAAUGUUCCAUCUAGCAAUGUGGAAGUGAUUUUUGAGAAAAUUGAAGAUAAAAGACUAUGUCCUGAGUACUACGCUGAGAUGAUCAGACAAGCUUUUAUGGAAAACAAACCUCAUAAAAAGAUUAUCAAUAGUGCUUUUAGAGCAGUUGAUGCAGCUAAAGGACAGGGUUGUUCAAUUAAAAUUAGUGGUAAAUUAAGAGGUCAAAGAGCUAAAUCUACUAAUUACAUUCAUGGAGUUUUAAUUCAAGCUGGACAACCUGCUAAAGAUUACAUUAGAUUAGCUAAAUCAGAAGCUAUGUGUAAACAGGGAGUUAUUGGAAUUCAGGUUAAAAUUAUGUUACCAUAUGAUCCAGAGGGAGUAAAAGGACCAAGUAAGUUACUUUCUGAUAAAAUUAUCGUUAGACAAUAA